UAUGGUGUGAAAUUCUACACCAUCCUAUUAAAUUUCCCAAGCACUUGGGAAUAUAAUCUGUAUUAGUUGUAGUACUUCAUAGGUGGUGAAUUGUCUCAUGGUUUUUCGACUAAAGGAUUAGCCUAUAUAAGAUCAUGUUAUGAAUUCUGAGACAGAAAAUACCACUGGCACGUUUUCUGUUACUCCAGUAUGAUACCUUGUUUUUUGCGACAUGUAGGACUACAAUUAAAGCGAAAGAGCUUUUGUCACGUAAACAUAAUACUUUCACGACUAAAUCCCAACGAGCGUUUUAAUACUUCACAUUCAGAAUCACACCCCGUUUUGGGAAGAAACACCAUGACCUAAAUCAGCAGGGUUACUCCCGCACGUUGACACGUAGUGAAUUAAAAUGAUUCACGCUGGAAAUGACUGCCCGCGUUUCAACAUUCAUGAAAUAAAUGUGGAUCUAUAUGGUAGUAGUUGGCUAUUGCUGAAAGCAAAAUUUGGCUAGAAAUGAAUCAGUGCUAAAAUGUGAACAGCAGAUAUAAGCGGACCAAUGAGCAUCUGGGAGUCAGGUGGCAUCAAGCUCCGUUCAGCCAAUUGCAGCCCUUAUAACCUCCUCACCAAAACGACAUCAGAGCUUUAGGUACGACGGCAUCGCCGCUGCUCGCUGACAGCCCUGCGCCUUCCCAUAGUAACAGUUAUUCUCUUGUUAUUCCGACUAUUAUAAUUUCUGAUACAUUUAGCCUUUUUUUCCUCAAGUGUGUGCAGACACUCGGAGGACCCGCAUUUCUCCCAUCAGGUUUCACAGUGGAAAUAAAAUGCGUGAGACGCGCAGCCAGGGAGCCGCAGCUGCAGAAGCACCGCUCGUCGAGGACGUUUUCGACGACACUUACCGGGAAAAAGACGGGCCAAAGCCACCGAUGCAGAUCGUAUGGAGAAACGUCAUCUUGAUGACUUUAUUGCAUUUUGGAGCUUUGUACGGCUUGUACUUGCUCCCAUCCACUUCAGUUUUGACCUUGGCGUGGUCCAUUCUGUGCUUCUUGAUAAGUGCACUGGGGGUGACAGCCGGUGCCCACCGGCUCUGGAGCCACAGGUCCUACAAGGCAUCGUUACCCCUCCGGAUCUUUCUAGCCAUUGCCAACUCCAUGGCCUUUCAGAAUGAUAUAUACGAGUGGGCUAGGGACCACAGAGUUCACCACAAGUACUCGGAGACGGACGCUGACCCCCACAACGCCGUCCGAGGCUUCUUCUUCGCUCACAUCGGGUGGCUGCUGGUACGCAAACACCCAGACGUCAUCGAGAAGGGUCAGAGAUUGGAGCUGAGCGACCUCAAGCAGGACCAGGUCGUCAUGUUUCAGAGAAAGCACUACAAGCCCUCCAUCCUGCUGAUGUGCUUCAUCUUUCCCACGGUGGUGCCCUGGUACCUGUGGGGGGAGUCCCUGUGGCUGGCCUACUUCGUUCCAGGGCUGCUCCGCUACGCGCUGGUGCUGAAUGCCACCUGGCUGGUGAACAGUGCUGCGCACAUGUGGGGCAACCGGCCGUACGACCAGCACAUCAACCCCAGGGAGAACAAGUUCGUCGCUUUCAGUGCCAUCGGGGAGGGGUUUCACAACUAUCACCACACCUUUCCAUACGACUACGCCACGAGCGAAUUUGGCUGCAGGCUCAACCUGACCACCUGCUUCAUUGACAUGAUGUGCCGCUUGGGUCUGGCCACGGACUGCAAGAAGGUGUCCCGGGAGCAGGUCUUGGCUCGAAAACAGCGCACCGGGGACGGCAGCCACAGAAGUGGUUAGGGGCCCGUAGAAGAUGGGAAGGGUGGGGGCCUGAACCCCUAAACAAACGAAACAAAAGGCUUUUACAGUAUAGGUUUGGGGGUGCUUUUCUGUUGUCUAGCUAUAAUUAUGGCUUCCCGCCAUUUCCAGAGUUCUUAAGAUUAAUAAUAGCUUUAAGCAUACCUGGGCCUCUCUGUAAUUCAGUUUAAUUUCUCCAUAACUGCAGCAGAAUAUCCAGUCUGUGGCGAUGGUGAGGACGGCCCAUUUUUCGGCCAGGGUCACUAAUGCUGCGCGAAAAGACCCACGUGUGGACGAACCGGACUGGGUGCCGCAGACGAUUCAAAUCGCGUUAAUGUUACCGGACAUCGCAUGGCCAACAGACCAAACUUCUCGAGCUGUGGUUAAGCAGUAAUGGAGAAAUUAAAUUCCAUACUCAAGCAGAAAUAUUUAUUAUUAUUGCAUCACACCUUAGAUUUUUUAGAAACUUGAAAUGAAACAGGCAAGUUGUCAUGUUGGCUUUGUGUUUGUUUUUUUUUUUUUUCUUCCCCGAAAUGUGGGUCUCAUUCAGCCAAACACCAAGGAGAUUUAAUUUAUUGCCCUCCUUGUUGAGGUAUGGCUCUUGAUCCUAAUGUUUAAUAGGAUUUUUAAAAUUCUACACUGGCAAGCACACUGCUGGGAGGUAAAUGAAACUCGGAGAAGUCAGAUCUGGAUUUACACUUUGUACUCAUUGUAAGAGCAGCUGCUGCCAGUGUCGUUUUAACAUUUCUGCAGUUUACGAUGAAACAGGAUAAGCUGUUGAUUACCAGUAUUUUAAAGCCUUGUUAGGUUUUGGAGCACCGAUUGACUAACAGUGAUUUCUAACAUAGAUGAUGUCUAAAGUAAAUGGUUGUGGGUGGUAGGUCAGACGAGGUUAGCGUGGAGGUGCUGUGUCCUGGACAGUGAAUGCAGUACUUCCGCAUAGCUUGUUAUGCACGUGGCAACUCGCGCCAAUAGUAGAUGCUGUAAUGUUUGGGGAUUUAUGAUGGUUCUGAGGGAAGAAAGCCAUCAGAAUUUUUUUGGUAUUAAUGUUUGUAAAACAGAAUCAUGGGAGAAUCAGAAAAUAUUUUUUUCCAUUUCGUGCUCUUCAAAUUACUUCAUUUUGCACAAAAAGACGAAAGAUUGCGUCAGUUGUUGCGUAUGUUGUUCCGACUUGGGAUUCUCGCUGAUCUGGCAUGCGGGGCAGCCAACCUGCCUCAUGCAUCACUGGGCCGUUAAGAAACACACACACGUGCUGCUAUAUGAGAAACGGACACGUUAAAAGGAAAUCAACACAUUCCAGAGGAGGACAGGAAGUGAAAACAACUGAUUACCACGGUUUGCCUAGAGGUGGAAGUUCAAAGGAUCCGAUCCAAAAAGUGAAAAAUGAUCAUCGUGAUCCUGUAUUGGAGAAGCAGUUAUAGAUAGAUGGAUGGAUAAAUAGAUGUAAAAAUUCCAGAGUAUUAACAUACUGUCAUAAUAUCACUGAACAUACCUAUUUAGCUGGUUAGAAUUUUUUGGGCCAUUUUGCUUGCUAAACAAAGCCCUCCAGCUUCUCAACAUUUUUCAUUUCAAAAGGGCCCAUUGGUGUAAGAACAGCCCAAUCAAAUUGGAUCCCUCUAGCUUAUUGCUGCGGUUCUGCAAGCUUCAUUCUUGCCAUAUUGACUUAAAGGGUUUUAUGAAGAUAAUCCAUACCUAGAUUACUUUGCUCCUUAGCAUUCAGGCCCUAAUGAUUGUUAAUUUGUGAAAGCUAUUUAGCUUACAGGUCUUUGUGCUCUUUGUUAGUUGUCUACAGUAUGGGGUGUUUUCGUAUGUUUGAGAUGAUAAAUAUUAGGACCCUUUUUGGUCGCCUGGCAAGGUUGCCUGUGAAAAUGUUCAGUACUUGGCAGACAGGUUGCGUUCCCACUUGCGAAAAAACACCCAGUUUUUUUUUUUUUUUUGGGGGGACGACGACAAAGUAACUUCAUAGUCCCGUUACCAAGAGGAGGAUUGGAGCUAUUUGUACAACAAACAGGAGAGCGUAACAAUUCCAUUCAAUUCUCUCUAUCCUGCAGACGACUCCAUUCCAGUUGAGCCUAAUGCCUUAUGACUUUAAUCCAUUCCUGGUUCUUGUGGAGUCCAGAGAAAAAAAACAAAAAAAUAUACAGAAAUGGCCCAAAUUACUCAGUGGGAAACAACAGCGCUUUCGUUUGUUUUGUUUUUGUUUUGUUUUUUGUGAAAUUUCCAAAAGGAGUGCCAAUUUUUGUAAUCUUCGGGAACGUGUUGGGGGAAGGGUGGUGGGGUGGGGGGGGUCUGGCAAUUCUGCUCAAAACUUUUAAUCACAAAAGGUGCUUUAUCGGAAAGGCAAAGUCUUAGCUGCAAGCAAGUGCCCCCUCCAGCACUUAAUGUACUCUGCGGUCACAUAACCCCCUUUCACAUCAUGCUUGGCCACCCGAAGGAAACAUCCAAAUACGGGGGGGGGGGGGUCGAUGAGGGCGGAGUCUAUUUAUAAUUUCUAGCAUGUCGAAAUAUGUGUACUGUAGUUCUGGGCAAGAUUCAAAAGUAUUUUGAACUAAACAAUAAACUUGUUAUUAAAUGAACUCUCGUUGCCCUACAGUUUGCAGUGCAAUUCUUUUUUUUUUCCAGUGUUCUCAAAUUCUGAAUGCCUUAAGAAAAAAACUGUUUGGCACAUUUUGCAAGGAAUAUUGUAUGCACUGUAAUUGUAGCAUUUUUUACUAGGUGAGAAAGACACUGUCUUUGUCUGUGUGUUGCAAUGACACAGUAUUUCUUUUUUAAUCAAAUAAAAGAUAAAUAGCCCCC